AUGGCUGUCAAGUACGAGGGAUUAAAGGAUGUAGCUGUGGUGACUACCGUUCGCACCAUGAACAACAUCAGAACACUCCUCUCGAAGACGGUAUCUCAACUGGAUACCACACCAAACAUGGUCUUUACCCAAGAAGAGCGCCAAAACCUCAUUGGUGAUUUACAAAUUAUCACUAGUGAGUUCUUCAAGACCACUGAAGAUUACAUCAACACUUUGGGGGGCGCAUCGGGAGGUCGCUCACUAUCCCGCACAGCGCAUGCUCUCACUGAUGUGCUGGAGAGUAUUGCCGCUAUUGAUGCGACAGUUGCUUCCGACAUGAGUCGCAAGCUAAUAACUGUUUUCUCUGGAAGAGUUGCCGACGAUGAUGAUUUGCUGAACAUCGUCGUCAGCCCUGUGACGAGCUUCUUAUCGUCAAUCAAGCUCGGUGAAGCGCCUGCUACUACGUGCAGCACUGAAGAUUGUAUCAGUGAUCAACACGAGGAAUUAAGAUGA